AUGCCUCCAGUUUUCGUUCUUAUCCCAGGUGCUUUCGGCACACCCUCUGGAUAUGACAAACUCGUUCCUUAUCUUGAAGCGGCCGGCUUCAGCACCAAGCCUGGCCCGUACCCAAGCUCCAACCCCGCCAACCCUUCUACAGCGACCUGCCAAGAAGACAUUGAGACUCUUCGUGAGAGGGUUCUCCUUCCUCUUCUUGAGCAAGGAAAUGAAGCUAUUCUUUUAGCGCAUUCUUACGGUGGUGCAGUCGGCAGUGCAGCUGCCACCGGCCUUGACAAGACGACCCGUGCUGCUAAAGGCCUGCCGGGCGGUAUCAUUGGUCUGAUUCACAUUGCAGGGAAUAUUUUGCUCGAUGGCGAGACACUCCAGACCGCCGUUGGUGGGGCCUAUCCUCCGUUCAUCAAAACAGACAAGCCAUCUACAGGUCUCAGCGUGAUCGAACCUGCGAUGGAUGUCCUAUACAACGAUUGCGAUGCAGCUCUAGCUCCAGAGUUGGAAGCCUCGAUGACGCCUCACGCAACCCUGGCUUUCGAGACACCACCAACUGCUCCGGCCUGGGCUGAUGCGGCUUUUGAUGGGAGGCGAACUUAUGUGCGCACAUCCGAGGAUUGCUGCAUUCCUCCUGGCCUCCAGGACAUGUGGCUAGAAAAGACUGGAGUCAAGUGGGAUGUGGUUCACUUGAAGGCUGGCCAUAUGCCCUUUAUCAGCAUGCCGAAAGAGCUGGCGGAGCAACUUGUCAAGUCUGCAAAGGGAUUUAUGGAGCUAUAG